GCAGCACGCAUCCCGAGCACGACGAUAAAUUCUCCUCCACCUCGUGUCUCUCUCUCGUUCUCCUCGUGACGACCCCCCACGCCGAACACCCAUCUUCCUCCUUCCAUACACAGAACUAGAUCAGGGCGACGCAGAGAGGCAGGCCGGGAUGGAGAACGGCAGCGGCGGCGGCGGGGAGGCGGUUCCAAACGGAGGAGGAGCCAAGAACGGGAAGGCGGUGCAGGCGUUUGAGCGGUGCUCCGGACAGGUGCAGGGCAUCCUAGAGCACAACCGGGUGCUGAUCCAGGAGAUCAAGCAGAACCAGGAGUCCGGCGAGGACAGCGACCUGAACCGCAACGUGGCCCUCAUCCGCGAGCUCAACAGCAACAUCGCACGCAUCGGCAGCCUCUACUCCGACCUCUCGGCCGCCUUCGCCAAGGGCACCCCCGCUGCCAGGGCCGCCGACGCCGCCAAGGGGUACAAUAAGCGGUCGCGCCCACCCCAGUAGAAGAUCUUCUAGAUGAACCAUCCGUCCAUGCCGGCAGCAACCCCGUUUGCUUUCUCUCUUCAGUUUAGAGCCGGUCCCCAUUUGAUGAAUCUUCUUCUGCUUAGUUUUUCAUGUGUCGUUAUUUCAGCGUCGAGAGCUGAGACAUGGCUUCCCCAUGGACAGCUUCUUGUCACACAAGAGUGUCAAACAAAGAUGCAGGCAGCAGCAGUGUGCGACUGUAUCGGUCUGUACUCCUAUGUGUGUUCGUACUGAU